AAAAAACAAAGAAUAACUCUUUAAAUAAUCUUAUUUUGGGAACCGACACAGUGAAAAGAAUCAAGAAAUCCAAUAUGUCGGGAGCUCAGUGUUGUGAGAAUCCACCAGCUCUAAACUCAGCCAGUGGAAAUGGGAAAGUUGAAGAAUUUGGAGGCCUUAGCUCUUACAUUUCUGGCCCUGCUAAUUCCAAGGCUGCUGUCAUUUUGAUCUCAGAUGUUUUUGGAUAUGAAGCUCCACAUUUGAGGAAGAUUGCAGACAAAGUCGGGGCUGCUGGAUUUCGUGGCGUGGUGCCAGAUUUCUUCCACGGAGAUCCCUACGUACCAGAUCAGAAGCCGAUCACUGAAUGGCUUAAAGAUCAUGGACCAGAUCAAGGGUUUGAAGAUGCAAAACCAGUUAUUGAAGCCCUGAAAAGCAAAGGGAUCACCAAGAUUGGAGGUGUUGGCUUCUGCUGGGGAGCCAAGGUGGUUGUGGAGCUGUCGAAGCAUCCUUACAUCCAAGCCGCGGUGCUCAUACAUCCUUCCUUCGUCUCAUUAGAAGAUAUUCAGGGAGUGAAGGUCCCAUUAUCUUUACUUGCAGCUGAGCUUGACGAUAUGUGUCCACCAGAGCUUGUCAAGCAAUUCGAAGCUGCCUUAAACGCAAAUCCUGAGGUGGAUAGCUUUGUGAAGAUAUUCAGUGGGUGCUCACACGGGUGGACUGUGAGGUACAAUGACGAAGACGAAGAGGGCGUGAAGAAGGCUGAGGAGGCUCAGAAAGACAUGCUGGAUUGGUUUGUUAAGUAUCUCAACUGAAAUUGAAAUUGGUUCACCUCUCUCGAUUCUUAUGUACCAAUGGCAAUAAAACUGUGGGGCUGAGGUCUUGUGGAUGAGUAUUUGACUAUUUGUUUAUCAAA